AGCGAAUGAGCCGAGAAGUUUUGCCAUGGAGGAUUUGAGCAUCUUGGAGGAAGCUCACAUAUGUGCUCGCAGAGAGCACAAUGAGCUGGCACCAUUGAGGCCAGAGGUCCUGCACUGCUACGGCGUUGAUUUCCUUUCCAACAAGGAGGUGUUGGAGGUCUUCGAAAACUGGCAGCCCCAGCAGGUGGAAUGGCUGGACGAUUCCUCAUGCAAUGUGAUCUUUGAAGAUGGAGAGAAUGUCCAAAAGGCCAUUCGAGAAUUGGCAGUUGGAGAGCCUCUUGGACUGUGGACAAGGACACAGCCUUUGUCGGUUGGCUCUAAGGACACCAAGAAGGGAAAGGCUCGACGAGGGGGUCUAAAGAAGUUUUGCCUACAACUCAGAGUUGCCUCUGAGGCUGAUAGAAAGGACCCAACCCAUUCUGGGCACACGGACUCAGUGUACUACGCUCAUGUCAAGGAGCAGCAGGCGAUGCAAAAGCAAGCCACUGAACUUCGACGCAUGAAGAAACGUCAGAGGCAGAUGACGCCUAGACACAAGGACCAAACUCCCAGCAAUGCUGAAGCCACAGCAGGCCCUGAGCAAAGCGCUGCAGCUGAAUCUUCCCAGGCUGCGCCUGAAGCUUCAAGUCCUGCCACGGAUGCAUCGAAGGUGCUUCAUGGCUCAAUCCUUACAACACGCUUGGCAUCUUGUGGACUGCUGGAUCCGCUACUUUUCCUUAAAGCUCCAGCUCACAGCUCCCAAGGCUCGAGCAAAGCCUCGGACACAGUGCCAGCCCUGGACCUCAAGACGAGCCUGAAACGUGCAGAGGCAGAGUAUGCAGCAGUGCUGAACCCCGCAUCCGGUAAGGCUCCUGCCGCAAUGGCAAAGGCAGCCGCAGAUCGCGGCCGUACGCAACGAGUAGCAUGUAAACAAAGAGAGGGCACUCCAGGGCGUCCUGGUGGCAGAGAUGCCACGCCCGGGAGAGCAGGGCAGCAGAGAGGAAAAAAGAGGAGGCCAGUGGAGCAGGAGCCAAGACCAGUGAGUGAGGCGGCGCCACCGCAGCGAAAGGCUGAGCUCCUCCCAGAGGUUGAAGCCUUCCUAAAGAAGCAUGGAGUGAGAUGCAAGAGGUAUGUACUGCAGCGAUCCUUCCGGUCCAUCAAAUAUGCGCAGCAAGAAGCUGCAAAGACGAAAGCAAUGGCCCAGAAACAGAGCAAUGCUGAGAAGGUCCAAGUGGAAAACAUCAAGCCAGUCGAAGCUGCGAAGAAUGAGGGUGAGUCUGCCUGGGAUCAAUACAUUGAGGUGAACAAGUCCUUCACAUCUCAUGGGGUGUUUAUGCAGACAGUGGCUUGGAAAGUGGAGGGACGACGUGUGCUGAGCGUUGUGCCUCAUCCACAGAUGACAGAUAUAGAGAAAGUGGCAAAGGCUGUACAGAAGCCUGUUGCCUCGGUGGUUCAAUGCAAGCUGAAAGACAUCUCUCAGGAAACAGGUUUUCCUGUUUUUGUCUGCCCACCCUUUGGAUAUCCGCCAGAUGCUGAUGGCCGACCACCGCUGCUUUUAGUGGAUAGCUCUGUUGCAGAUCUCAAGAAGCCCCUCUUGUUCGACUGCGGUCUAACUGGUCUUUGCAUUACAGUCAGCGAGUUUUUGCGCAGCACGCGUGCAGCAUGCAUAGAGAACCUGGCACGGCCGAAUCCACGGCGGAAGGUUCUGAACGACCCAAAGCCGGAGGGCACAGUGCGGGCUGCGCCUUCGGAGCUUGGUGCUCUGACCCAACUCGGUGAGGUUAAAAGCUCCAUGACUUCACCAGCGUCUGGUGCAGCCUCUCCUGAACCUGCUCCAGAGCCAGCUCCGAUCACGGGAGAUCGUUCCGAUCUCAUGGAGCAUUGAGAAUGCAGCUAAUGGCCAGCGUGGUAGCGUCUGAGCAGUUGGCGAAAAG